ACCCCUCAUCCGUGAGGCGUGAACGCCGUUACUCGUGACGGCCGCUCGUCACUUGCCGGCUUACACAUUGCGAAGAAAAUGCCAUUCUUUUGAGCAGAAGAAGAGAGGCGAGAAAAAAAACUCUCCUUGCCCAGAAGAAGGAAAUGGUGGCGAUGGCGAUGGCGAUGGAGUAGAGUGUAGAUAGAGCCAUUUGAUUUCUAUCAUAGAGAAAUAGAUUAGAAGCUCUUCUUCCUCUUCGUCUCACGGAUCGUGGAUAGUGAGUGUCUCGAAAGUUGCGAGCUCGCGAUCCAUUCGGGCUCUUCGCCCAAUCCAUCCGCAAUGCAGCAGCGGCGAUCGUUUGAUCCCACGAGUCUCACUCCCUCUUCCUCUAUUUCUCCUCAGAGAGCGAUCUAAGCAUCCCACUCUCGCUCGCUCGCCAUUGAGAGAGAGAGAGAGAGCUCGCAAACAAACACCCACGAACUGGGCAGAGGAUGCGCGGGGAGAGCUUGAAGAUCAAAAUGUGGAGCUCCAGCGGCAGCGCCGCCACUGCCGCCGCCACUAAAUCCACCGCCGCCAAGGGCCGCCAGAUCCACAAGACGCUCAACAACAUCAAGAUGACGGUUCUCUGUGGAUUCGUCACCAUCCUGGUGCUGCGCGGGACGAUCGGCGCGGGCAGCUUUGGCACGCCGGCGCAAGAUCUUCACGACAUCCGCGAUACUGUCCACCGGCGGAAGGACGCCGGGCGCGUUUUGGCGGAGGCUAAGAGCUCGAGCAGCGCCAUAGCCGAGGAGGAGGCCGAGGUGGAGGCAGAGGUGGUGGACUCGGGCAUGCCGUAUAGCCUGGGGCCGAAGAUCUCCGACUGGGACGAACAGCGCGGCGAGUGGCUGCGCAAGAAUCCACACAUGCCCGCGGUGGUGAAUGGCAAGCCCAGGAUUUUGCUCGUCACUGGAUCGCAGCCCAAGCCCUGUGACAAUCCAGUUGGGGAUCACUACCUCCUCAAGGCCAUCAAAAACAAGGUGGACUAUUGCCGGCUCCACGGCAUCGAGAUCUUCUACAACAUGGCGCAUCUCGAUCACGAGAUGGCCGGCUACUGGGCCAAGCUCCCGCUCCUCCGCAAGCUCCUCCUCGCGCACCCGGAGGUGGAGUGGAUCUGGUGGAUGGACAGCGACGCGAUGUUCACGGACAUGGUCUUCGAGCUCCCCAUGGAGAAGUACGCGAACUACAACUUCGUCCUCCACGGCUGGGACGAGCUCGUCUACAACAAGAAGAAUUGGAUCGGCCUCAACACUGGCAGCUUCCUCAUCCGGAAUUGCCAGUGGACGCUCGACAUCCUCGACGAUUGGGCGCCAAUGGGGCCGAAGGGGAAGAUCCGCGACGAGGCCGGGAAGAUCCUCACGGCAUCGCUCGCCGGGAGGCCGGCAUUCGAGGCCGACGAUCAAUCCGCGCUCGUCUACCUCCUCAUGACCAAGCGCGAUCGCUGGGGCGAUCGCGUCUUCCUCGAGAGCUCCUACUACCUCCACGGCUACUGGGCGAUUCUGGUGGACAAGUACGAGGAGAUGAUCGAGAAGAACCACCCGGGGCUGGGCGACGAUCGGUGGCCAUUCGUGACGCAUUUCGUGGGAUGCAAGCCCUGCGGCCGCUAUGGCGAUUACCCGGUGGAGCGAUGCCUCAAGCAGAUGGAGCGGGCAUUCAACUUCGCGGACAACCAGAUCCUGGAGAUCUAUGGCUUCCGGCACCGCGCGCUAGGCAGCGCCAAGGUGAAGAGGACGCGCAACGAGACGGAUCGGCCGCUGGAUAGGCCGCUGGGGAUCAGCAAUAUCGUCGUUGGCGGGAAUUAGGGUUCUUGGGGUGUAGAAAUUUAGGGUUCUUGAGAGCUCUGUUUUGUGGCUUUUCUUUUCUUUCUUUUUUGUCUUUCUCUUGUUUGUGUAUAGAUCCCGCGCUUGCGCUUUCUCCAAGAACAAGCAAGUAAAUCCUAGAGAUUUCACUA